UUUAUUUUUAGUUUUUUGUGGAUGAACUUGUUGUCUUAAAUUGUUUACGUGAUACAACUUGCAAAUUGGAACGUAUGAAUUAUCAGACCAUGGCGAUUCUGAAACAAUCGAGCACCGGUCAGGCGACCCAUCAUCAUGACCGACAAGAGAGGUUAUUUCCCUUGCUCAUUGCACUUUCUCUUCUCAGACCAUGGGAAGAGGGAGAGAAGGGGGGUUUCUUUGGGAGGGGACGAGGCACGACGCCGAGUGUAUCCCACGUUGCCGUUAGCUGCCAUGUCCUAACAGUAGCUCGUAAUCCUAACCCCUCGUUAGUAUUAUUACUACUUCAACUUGUAACAACAAUUUAAGCCGAUCUCCGAUCUCAUUCCUAUCCCCUCAUCCAAACUUCUACGCUGCCGUGCCGCCGAGUCCACCGACUGCGAAGAUGGCUGUUACCGCUGUAUCCUGGGAGCUGUACGAAAUGUUCGAGGCCUUUCUAAAGGCCCCCGUCUAUCACCUCGCUUUAGAAGCUCUCCUUUUCGUCUGGGUGCUGUGGCUGUUGCUUAGAAAAAGUGCGCCGCUCGACGCGGGCGCCUCAAAGCUGACAGAAAAAGAAAAAGAUGAGCUGAUUGCGGAGUGGACACCCGAGCCACUGGUACCCGACACCCCUCCAGAUCACCACGCGCUCCAUCCUCGAGUGAUUACGAGCAAGGUGGGCAAGACCAUGGUGGUGGAUGGUCGGUCGUGCCUCAACCUGGCAAGUCACAACUACCUCAGUCUGGCCGAGGAAAGCCAGGCUCAGGAGGCUUCUUUGGCGGGUCUUCGCAAGUAUGGCGUCGGAUCCUGCGGCCCACGGGGCUUCUUCGGCACUGUGGACAUUCAUCUGGAGCUCGAGAGUCGCCUGGCCGAGUUCAUGGACGUUGAAGAGGCCUGUCUCUACUCUUAUGGGUUUUCCACUAUGUCCAGUGCCAUUCCAUCUUACGCCAAGCAGGGAGACAUCAUUUUUGUGGACGAGGAGGUCUGCUGCGCGGUGCAGAUGGGGCUGAAGGCGUCGCGCAGCACGGUGCGCUACUUCCGCCACAACGACACGGAGGACCUGGAGCGUCUGCUCCUGGAGCAGCAGGAGCGGGACCAGGCGGACCCCCGCAAGGCGAGCGUGACGCGGCGCUUCCUGAUCGUGGAGGGGGUCUAUGCCAGCACCGGGGACCUGUGUCCCCUGCCCAAGCUGGUGGAGCUGCGGGCACGUUUCCAGCUGCGACUGUUCAUCGAGGAGUCCUGCUCGUUCGGCGUGCUCGGCAAGACCGGGCGUGGCGUGCGGGAACACUUCAACGUGCCUAGCAAAGAGAUUGACCUGAUGUGCGCCACCCUCGAGAACGCCAUCGGGUCUUUCGGCGGCUUCUGCUGCGGCACCAGCUUUGUGGUGGAUCACCAGCGCCUCUCGGGACUGGGUUACUGCUUUUCGGCAUCACUUCCUCCGCUUCAGGCAUCCGUUUCCAUGUGGGCUAUAGACCACCUGACCAACCAUCCAGAAAUCUUGGUGACACUGCGCCGGAACUGCCUCCUAAUGCACGAGAAGCUUAAAGGCGUGCCGCAACUGCGUCUGGGAGGGGACGAUGUCUCGGCCAUCAAGCACCUCUACGUGGCCGGUGAACGGCCGCGCGAUGUGUGUGACCGCCUCCUAGAUCAGCUGGUGCAAAAGGCCUGGGAGGAAGGCGUGGUGCUCACUCGCAGCCGGUACCUGGAACCACCCGAACACCUGACCAGAGAACCGAGCAUACGGAUUGCCGUCUGUGCGGCGCUCACGGAACAAGACAUCGACCACGCCUGCAGCGUGAUUGGUCAAGCUGCCCAGGCGAUCCUAUGAUCGGAUCAAAUUGCUUGUGCUCUCGUGUGAGGCUCACGUGGGCCACGUGCCUCUAUCCCCGUGUGCCGUCCACGCCUAGGGGGGAUGCGUUAUUCGAAGCCUUUGAGCGGCGUAAUCGUUUGAGUCGCGUACCAAGCAUUUGGUAUGACGGGUUAUGAUGAACGUUGAACGGACCAGUUCUUGUUGUCCAGUUUUUAUUUCCCGAGGAGUCGUUGUAGUUCGCAAUUCGAAAAACAUCGCGGUAGCUCUCGUUCUACGUCCGUGGUGGCAGUGAAUCUAAAGACGAGCCAGCCGAAGGCCUGUUCUGUAUGUUUAAAAUAAAAUAAAAAAAAACAUAUUUUUUUAUGCCAUUUUUCUUCUGUCACUAUUUUUAGUGCCUGUGCCAGCAUUACAAGCUUUCUGCAGCUAACCAUUUCUCUAGAGAACAGUUGUGGUAAGCUUUUAAUGCCAGUAUAAGCUCUUGAGGCUCUCAUGUAAUCAAGAUUCACACGUGGAAAAUAUUGUGAAUAGUACCUAGUUUGUAUUGGUCGAAUGCUGUGCCACAGGUGCUAUUUAACUGCUAUGUCCCAUCUUGAUGGUUCCUCGAAUUUUUCAUGUUAGUUACCUUGAAUCAGCUGGCGGUUGCAAGAAGAGGCUUUGUCCGGUGUUUGUGAGAGGGGUUGAGGACAUAUUGUUUGUGUGCGAGAUUCAAAAGCUUCCUGUCGUCGUGGAAGUGAUGAUGCUUCCAGGAAAAGUCUGGUCGUACAGUUGGAACAAAGGGACCUGGCUCGAGCUGCGGAGAGUAGUGCUGGAGUUGUACAUAUUGGGGAUGCCUUCCCAAAGAACACCAAAGAUUGUUUCAUUCCACAGGAACAACGGCAGCCAUGAAUAUUCAUUAGUUUUUUUAGUAACUGGAUUUGUUUGUUUUUUAUUUUUUCAGCCUUUGUUGUCUGCAAAUAAACUUGCUUCUCAAAA